GUAGUCACAUGUUGGAUGGCAUGAUAAAUCAGGAAAUACAAAUACAAACCUGCUGUCGGCAGAAAUCUCGCUUUAGUGAUUAAGUCGGUGCAUACUAACAUUCGCGCUAGAGUCACUUCUGCUGAUCACAGGCUUGCACGUCUGUGAAGUUCACUUGUGAUCGAUCAUGCAAGUGACUCGGAGUCAGAUAUCGCUGUUUCUUUGUCUGUUAUCAUGCGCAUCAUCUCUCGGGACUCGAUAUACGCCCGACUGGGCCAGUUUGGACGCCAGACCUCUUCCUGAAUGGUACGACGAGGUGAAGUUCGGGAUCUUCGUUCAUUGGGGGGGGUUUUCAGUGCCUGCGUUCGGCAGCGAGUGGUUCUGGUGGUACUGGAAGGUCGCACUAAAACCUGAAUACAUCCUGUUCAUGGUCAAAAACUACCCGCCUGGAUUCAGCUAUACAGACUUCGCACCCGAUUUCCACGCGCAGUUUUUUGAUCCUGACGAGUGGGCUGAUAUCUUCGAAGCUUCAGGAGCAAAAUAUGUGGUCCUCACAUCCAAACACCACGAGGGGUUCACAAACUGGGGGUCCCCGACCUCUUGGAAUUGGAAUUCUGUUGAUAAUGGACCUCACAGGGAUCUGGUUGGAGAUUUGGGUGCUGCGAUAAGAAAGAGAUCACUACAUUAUGGACUCUACCACUCACUGUAUGAAUGGUUCAAUCCCAUCUACCUGAGUGACAAGCAGUCUGGUUUCAAGACCCAGGAGUUUGUUGAAAAAAAAGCCAUGCCAGAGCUCUACGAUCUGGUCAACAGGUACAAGCCGGACUUGAUUUGGUCAGAUGGGGACUGGGAAGCACCUGACACUUAUUGGAACUCUACAGGAUUCCUAGCCUGGCUCUACAACGACAGUCCGGUCAAAGAUGUGGUGGUGACCAAUGACAGAUGGGGGUUGGGCUGUUACUGUAAACAUGGAGGUUAUUAUAAUUGUGCUGACAAGUUCACUCCUGGAGAACUGCCCAAUCACAAGUGGGAGAAAUGUCAGUCAGUGGACACAGUAUCAUGGGGGUAUCGCCGAAACAUGAAGCUAAGCGAACUGAUGGAUCUACCAUCCAUUAUAAAGGACAUAGUUUAUGUCGUGGCAUUAGGAGGGAAUUACCUGUUAAAUGUGGGGCCAACAUCAGACGGCAUGAUUGCACCUGUCUUUGAGGAACGUCUCAGAGGGAUUGGAGCCUGGCUGAAGGUCAAUGGUGAAGCCAUCUAUGCAACUAAGCCUUGGAGAGUUCAGGCUGAGAAUGCUACAGUUCCUGUCUGGUAUACGUCAAAAAGCAGCACUGUGUAUGCGAUCUUCACCUCCAAUCCCAUGCAGAACUCCUUUAAACUUUUAACGCCUAAAACCUCCUACAACACGGUGGUGACUUUGCUGGGGAACCCUGAGCCUCUAAAAUGGGCUCCUCUGCAGACAACAGGUCUGAUUGUUCUGCUGCCUGAUCUGCCUUUCACACCCGCUGACGCCUGGACCCUCAAGCUGGAUGAGGUGGCCUAAAGCUUUUAAAACCAUUUUGUAGAUUUUAAUGAGAUUCUCAGGGAUGUGAUUUUCCCCCCCAUAUUUUCCUACUUGAAAAUUGACACAUUUGAAUGGCCUUAAAUAAAGUUCCAAACAUAGGGUCGGGAGGAGCCUAAUAUUUCAGUCCUGUCAAUCAUUGCUGCGAGCGUGAAUAAGCAGCAGUCGCUGCUCCGUCCAAGCGACAAUACUUCCGGCAUCCCUCCGCCUCCCCUUCUCCUCCUCCAAUUCUUUUCUUUCUCUGUUCUUUUCCUCCUCCACUGCGUACAUCCAUAGAGGGGGGUUCUUACUCUGAGUUCGAGCCUCCCUCAAGUACAACAAGCCAAGUUUGUUUACCAUUAUCUAGCAGGAUCGAAUGGGCAGGCGCACUCGUGAAACAGUUACUAAACAAACUGAAAUGCUAUGUUUUUAAAUGCAUUCAUGCAUCUGUAUGCAUGGAUUACUCCCAACCUAGCAGUUGUGUGUGGAAAGCCCUUAGCAUCUCAGUCUAGCGCCAAAUGAGAGUAAAAAUUGGCAAUGGUUAGUAUAUGAAACAAUGUUACUCCCCAGUUGGUGUGAUUUAUCAAAUCUCAAAGUCUUUGAUUUAAUUAUACAUACUCUGAUGCACUGAAUGUUUUUUUUUUUUACAGUAAAUACUGUAAAACAGUAAAUACAUCUUCCCA